AUGGUUGACCACGAAGACUUUGACCAACGCACGGAGGAAGAGGGACGAUUGAUCAAUGACCCCUCAUCUCCCUCAACACCAAACUUGACACAAGUACAAGGCAUGAGUCGGUCUCAAGCCAUAAAUCUGUACACGAGGUUCGUUGCAUCACCAGACUUUCUGGGGAAAACAAUAUGUGAAAAAAUACCCAUCGUCAUUCAUGAACUUCUGCAUCUGGAGCACGCAAUCUGAACCGGCAGAUAAGAGCUAAACCGUCUUCUUGACAGUCACUUCCUUUCCACGUGGAAUGUUAGAAGCUAUGUAUGUUAUGCCUCCACACAUUGCGACCGGUACUAUGCCCUCAUGUCUUUUAUACUAACCUUUUCAUAGGAGUUUGCGGCGGUAAGAAUGUUCGUUCAUGCCAAGAGUAGGAAAUGUACUAACAUUCCAGAUCAUUUUUACCGCAGAUGCAUAUCCACACACCUUAAUUGCUUCAUCGAUACGGUAAAUUCUCUCAACCAUAACCGGUCACUGGAGUAUAGAAUGUAUGUCUUGCUAAUCUGUGUAGGGGAAUUGUCCGAACUGUUGUGUCUAUCUGCCUUUCUUCGAUUGUGGGAAGAUGGGUCGAUGGGUCCCCAAACCGCAUGAAAACACUGUCGACAACUAUUUCGUUCAAUCGUUUUGCAGUUAUAUUAUUAUGUCUUUUGUUGCUCGGCAUUGCAGAAUCAGCCAAUUUGAAUGAUGAGGCCUCCUCAACCUCGGGUUUCCAACUCAAGCUUACACCAGGUCUGAAAAAUGGGAUGUUUUCUCUCAUUCUACUCCUUGGAGUUAUUGAGACUUUGAGUGCGAAUGGAAACAUACUUUCCAUGGAACGAGAUUUUGUUCCCACCGCUGCGGAUCCGACUCACAUGAAAUAUAAUUUGACUUACUUAAACUCGGUAAUGAGAAGGAUCGAUCUCACCUGUAAGCUUCUAGCUCCCAUCAUGAUAUCUGUCACUAUAUCGACUACUAGCGUGAGGAUUGGCAUACUGGUGGUUGCCGCUAUGAAUGCCCUUAGCUGGGGGGUCGAGUUAUGGUGCGCCAAGCGAGUCUGGAAUCGUAAUUCGAGACUGAGAGUCCUCAAGGUCAGACACAUUGGAACCAGUGCAAGGGUCACAAGAGAAGUGGGCGAAGAAGCACAAAUAACUUUUGCUGAAAGGACUUCGCAAAUAGUUCGACUAUACGGAAAUAACUUUCGUAGUUACUUCCGCUCCCAAGUAUGAAUCCCUUCUUUCUCCCUCGCUCUUCUCCAUCUUUCGGCGCUUUCCUAUGGCGCAACAUUCAUCACAUUUUUACUUGGUUCUGGAUUUUCUUUGGGCCUCAUAACAGCUGCUAGAGCCUGUGGUAGCAUCGUGGAGAUAAGCAGUACGUUUGUGACACCUGUCGGUGUUCGAUAUCUAGGAAAGGCAAAACGACAUGACUUUAUUCAUGUUGGGGAGAGCUAUAAUGAGGAAUAUGACUUGGAGCUGCUCGAAAGCACCUCCGAGUCGUCAGAUAUAGACUCGAUGACAGAGACAGGGCUACAAAGAUUGGGACUGGGGAAUAACAUCGCAACUGCUUUGCUUGGUAAGUACCCCAUUCCUGUUUGAUGCCAACACUGUAAGCUGACACGAUCAGGUUCCCGUUUUGUAUGCCAUUUGGCUCUUAUCACCAGCUCCUUCGCCAUCGACGUUCGCAACUCGUGAUUUAGCACCAGUCAUUUCGUUCCCUCUUCAAGCUUUUACGUUUUGCCUUCCUAUCUCUAUCACGACUGGGUCUCUGGAUUUUUGAUCUUACAACUCAACAGUUAACUCAGACCCUCAAUCCUCCUCAAGCUCUAUCGACAUUUACUGGUGUUGAGUACAGCUUUGUUUCAUUUUUUGAGCUGUGUCAGCAUCUGAUGGGCAUUUUCUUGGGGAAACCUGAGGAAUUCAUGUGGAUUGCCAGCGUGAGUUCCAUAGCAGUCGGUAUUAGCUCUAUAGCAUAUGCAGGAUGGGUUCGACACAGAAGGGGCCAUUUAGUACAUUGGGAGAAGGUAUCGCAAUACUGUAAGAGGACGGGCCUUGGCUAA